ACUGCGCCUCCGCCGAGGGCUAAACGCUGGACUAGAGAGAUCGAUAGAGCCAGAGCGAGCGAGCGAGCAAUGUCGGAAGAGGCAGUGACGCUGGGUUCGUCGAAACCGAUGAUCGCGACGCAGCAGGAGUUGGUGGAGAACCGGGUGCCCCUCUCCUACCGCGACCAGUGCGCCCACCUCCUCAUCCCCCUCAACAAGUGCCGCUCCGCGGAGUUCUUCCUGCCCUGGAAGUGCGAGUCCGAGCGCCACACCUACGAGAAGUGCGAGUACGAGCUCGUCAUGGAGCGCAUGCUCCAGAUGCAGAAGAUCCGUGCACUCGAGGAAAAGAAGAAGGCGGAGCAGCGCCAGGGCAACGGCGCCGGCAUCCCGCUUAUUCCCUCCCCCGCCAACGCCUGAUCCUCUUCUUCCCCCUUCUCCUACGUGAUGGAAAGCAGGAGUCAUAACUGGGAUUCAUGCGCUUUUGAUGUUCAAUGACACCACUCAAAGAACAGUGGUUGUCUCACCAAAGUGUCUUUGAACUUGAGUUGAUUUUAUUAUCCUUCUCAGUGUGAGAAUCUUUAUUUUCUGUUAAAAUAAGGAAUUCCUUUGCUGACGUGUUGAUAUGUCAUUUGAUAACUUAACGACAGUAUUAGUCAUA